AAUAGACAAUUUGACAAACUUAACUCGAUAAAACUAAUUUGUAAUAAGUAGUAAUACACUAUUUAGUGAGUUUACUUGAAUUAUUGGUGAAAAUUUAUUGUUAAUUAUUGUAAAGAGAUGCCUAUAGAAAAUUUGGAGGAAGAUGGGUUGGAGAAAAAUCCAAAUUUGGAACUGGCACAAGUUAAAUUUUUGCUGUCUUUACCGGAACAUCAACAUGACAAAGCAUUAAAAACCAAGUUGUCUGAGGCUAUUAUAGCUGAAAACAUGGCACCAUGGUACGAACAAGUUUGUAAAGAAUUAAAUUGGCCUCUAGAUAAAACUUUACUGAGUCGUAUGCAAGAAGAAAAUAGAAAAAAGUUAGAAGAAUUAGAUGCAGCCAUCGAAGAUGCAGAAAAAAAUUUGGGGGAAAUGGAAGUGCGAGAAGCUAAUUUGAAAAAAUCGGAGUAUUUAUGUCGUAUUGGAGAUAAAGCCGCUGCAGAAACCGCUUUUAGGAAAACUUAUGAAAAAACAGUAUCCUUAGGACAUCGUCUGGACAUAGUUUUCCACUUAAUUCGUAUAGGAUUAUUUUAUUUAGACCAUGACCUCAUCACAAGAAAUAUUGAAAAGGCAAAAUACUUAAUAGAAGAAGGAGGAGACUGGGAUAGACGUAAUCGGCUUAAGGUUUAUCAAGGCGUUUACAGCAUUGCUGUUAGAGAUUUUAAAAGUGCUGCAACCUUCUUUUUAGAUACAGUGAGCACUUUCACAUCGUACGAGUUGAUGGAUUAUCAAACAUUUGUUCGAUAUACUGUAUAUGUUGCGAUGAUAAGUUUACCAAGGAAUGAACUUAGAGAUAAAGUAAUUAAGGGUGCAGAAAUUCAAGAGGUUUUGCAUUCAACAACGGAUGUGAAAAACUAUUUGUUCUCGCUAUACAGCUGCCAGUACGCGGAUUUUUUUAAAAAUUUGGCUGAAGUUGAAAUUAUUCUGCGUAAUGACUUCUUAGUUCAUCCACAUUACCGUUUUUAUGUGCGCGAAAUGAGAAUUUUGGCUUAUACACAAUUAUUAGAGUCAUAUAGAUCCUUAACAUUGCAAUAUAUGGCAGAAGCUUUCGGUGUAACAGUAGAAUAUAUUGAUCAGGAAUUAUCUCGUUUUAUUGCUGCUGGUAGACUUCAUUGCAAAGUUGAUCGUGUUGGUGGAAUAGUAGAAACAAAUCGUCCUGAUAAUAAAAACUGGCAAUAUCAAGCUACAAUUAAGCAGGGAGAUCUUUUACUAAAUCGUAUUCAAAAACUAAGCCGCGUAAUUAACAUUUGAAAUGAAAUCAGAAAAAUAUUAUUGAUUGAACUUCUCAAUUUUUUCGUAAAUAAAAAAUAUUUAACUUAAAAAUAAAGUUUUAUUAUUAUAUAACAUAAUAUAUUAUACAUUAUUA